CUGGGGUAUGGCUAGAAAUUCACAUUCUAUUUGUUCGUUUUUGUUGUCAGGAGGCGCAAACGUCAGUCAAAUAGACAAGGAUGGAGAUACGCCGCUUCAUCUCGCUGCUUAUGAUCUUCAUGUUGAUAUCUGUCAACUGUUAGUUGAUUACAAAGCCGAUGUUACUUCUGUCAACAAUAAAGGUCAAACUCCUCUUCACAUAGCUGUUAAUCGUUGGUGUGCACAUGACUUUUCCGUUGUGUGUCCUCCACUGAUAACAAACGAGAGUGUGAAUGUAGAAGAUCAUCAUGGUAACCGCGCUUUACACAUAGCAGUUAAAAAUGUUAACAUUCAGACUGUCCAGCUGUUAGUGGAUUGUGGAGCAGAUGUAAAUGCAUGGGGUAAAGAUGGACAAACACGACUACAUGCAGCAGCUGAUGGGGAGGAAGACUGCCCUGAAUUGUGUUCUAUUUUACUAGAACAUGAUGCCAAGAUUAAUACAUCGAAUAAACAUGGAAACCAACCACUACACUUGGCAUGGAAACGAGGUCAUACAAGAACAAGUCGUUUGUUACUCUCUAAUGGAGCAGAUGUAAAUGCAUGGGGUAAAGAUGGACAAACACCACUACAUACAGCAGCUAAUAGGGAGGAAGACUGUCCUGAAUUGUGUUCUAUUUUACUAGAACAUGAUGCCAGGACUAAUAUAGCGAAUAAACAAGGAAACCAACCACUACACUUGGCAUGGAAACGAGGUCAUACAAGAACAAGUCGUUUGUUACUCUCUAAGGGAGCAGAUGUAAAUGCAUGGGAUAAAGAUGGACAAACACCACUACAUACAGCAGCUAAUGGGGAGGAAGACUGUCCUGAAUUAUGUUCUAUUUUACUAGAACAUGAUGCCAGGACUAAUAUAGCGGAUAAAGAUGGAAACCAACCACUACACUUGGCAUGGAAACGAGGUCAUACAAGAACAAGUAGUUUGUUACUCUCUAAGGAAGCAGAUGCAAAUGCAUGGGAUAAAGAUGGACAAACACCACUACAUAGAGCAGCUGGUGGAUGGAAAGACAGUCCUGAAUUGUGUUCUAUUUUACUAAAACAUAAUGCCAAGGUUAAUGCAGUGGAUAAAGAUGGAAAGCAACCACUACACUUGGCAUGUAAACAAAGGAAUGCUGCAACUACAAAUUUAUUGUUAUCUUAUGGGGCUGAUGUGACUGCUCUAAAUAAGGAACAGAGAGAAAUUAUUCAUGUGGCAAAUGAAUCCAUGUUAAAUUCAUGUCAAGAACACAAUGCUGCUAGUGCUGAUGAGAAUGUGACAAAAACUGAGUUACAUAAUCUUGCCAAAGCCAUACAAAGCUGUUGGAACAAGUUUGCUUUGGAUUUAGAUCCAGAGCACUUUACAGUUUUAGGCGAGAUUGCCACCAUAAGACUUCAGCAGACUUCUCCUCUUCUUCAAGCUCAUGCCAUGUUGGAGAGUUGGCAUAAUAAACUUGCUAAUAAUGCGCACCGUCGAUUGUUGAUCGAAGCAUUGGUUAAGGGAGGACAAAGAAGACAGGCGAAUGAAGUUUUUGGAGAGAAUGUAGUGCACAGGUGUUGCCCUGACAGUGAAAGUAAAAACAAGUGACAGGGAGGGACUGGUGAAUGUAGAGUUUGUGUGCUCAUUUAGUAUACAUGAAAUUGUAUUAGAAUGAAUUUGUUCAUAUUUCGGUUUAGCAAGAAUUUGUGCCUACUGUAUGAAGGACGUUUUGUGUAGUGAUUGUAGAGGUUUUUAGACAAACAUUAUGAAAUAUUUUUUAAUAUUUUUAUUUGCUAUAUACAAUCUA